AUGCCAAUACAGCAUACCAUUCGCACUACUCUCCGCACAUGGCAUCCUCCGCGCGUUGCUUCAUUCUCUGAAUCGACCUCGGGCCUUUCCAGGGCUCAUAUAACACGCCCACUAACCAGCACCAACCACCAACACUUCAAAACGCUUGCGCUGGCAAUGAGCAGCGGAGAAGAGGAGCAAAAGCCAGCCUCUCUUUCUGUUAUGGCGCAGGCCUACGAUCUCAACAAACCUACGUUCGAUAUUCCUCUCGACAACAAAGGGACCAUUCUCAAAUGCAACCUGGUCAUUUCCUCCGCCGUCAAGAACCCUUCCUCCCUAAUCACCGGCCUCUCAGAGCUCCUUCGGCGCCCUGCCGACGCAACGAACGACCUGCAAACCCUAAGCACAUCAGCGCCAUACUGGACUCUAGAAUCCACCAACGACUCCAUCAUCCGCGUCUUCGCCUUCGAGGCAGAAGAACAAGCUCGUCUCUUUCGGGACAGAAUCAGCGCCGUCAGCGACGAAAUGGAUCAUCAUGCGCGCAUGAGCGUGGAUAGCGCAGCAGACUCUUCGAAUCCUGAAGGCAAGGUAACGAGAAUGACCGUGACGUGCACGACACAUCGGCCACCGGGGCUGAGUAUGCGGGAUAUACGGCUUGCAAGGAAGAUUAAUGAGAUUGCAGAAGGUCUCGGGUGA